UUAAUCUUUUUCAUCGAGCGGACUUUAUUAUUAUAUUACUGACAUUACUGGCAAAUGGUAUAAUUUCCUUGGAUGAAACACUAAGCACAAACAAAGCUACGCCUACGGGACAGACAAUAUCACUCCAAAAGCCGAACUUCGUUGUGCUUUUAGUUGAUGACCUGGGCGUCGGGGAUAUUGGAUGUUUUGGCAACGAUACAAUCAAGACGCCAAAUGUCGAUCGUUUGGCGGAGCGUGGAGCGAAAUUAAAUCACAAUUUGUCCCCGGAAUCGAUCUGCACACCCAGUCGUGCAGCGAUGUUAACAGGACGUUACGCAAUACGUUCUGGGCUAGCUUCGGGACCCGGCGAAUUACGAGUUAUUUCCAGUCUUGCUUCUAGUGCUGGCUUGCCAAACAAUGAAACUACUUUUGCUGAAGUUUUACAAGAAAAUGGCUAUCGAACAAGUAAGUGGCUAAAAAGUGCUUUUAAUAAUUUAAUUGGGCCAUUCCAUUUAAUAUGUGCACACCCCCCCCCCCAUUGAGGGGUCUGGAAAUCCUAUGGGGAGGGAGGGGUUAAUAUUGGUAAUUUCCGAGGGGGUAAAUCAGUCGGUCCCUUUGAUCUUCGAACAACAUAGGCCAAUUUCCAAGGGGGGGGGAAUGUGUCGGCACUUUGAUGUUCAAUUUCCUGAGGGGGUAAAACUUUUAAGGACCCCUCAAUAGGGGGGGUGCACAUAUUAAAUGGAAUGGCCCAUUUAUUAAGUGCACCCCCCCCCCCUAUUGAGGGUUUUCAAAAAAUACCCCCUGGAUAUUGCUUUAGUAAUAGGGUAUGUGGAUUUCUCAUUUUAACAUUUCCCGUGGAUUUUCUAAACCUUUGUUAACCUAUUGUGGGUAACAUAAUUUCUCCCCCUGGAUUUUUGGAUUUUGUUCAAUGGAUAUUUUGCAUAUGUUCUUUGAAAUAGAAUUAAUACAUCCCUCCCCCGUCGACAACUUUCUAGGUAAAAAAAAAUUCCGGGCGAGUACGUUGCAAUUGCUUUCCAGGUACUUUAUCUCAAUUUUUCAUACCAAAUUUCAGUACUUAGCCCAAAAUAACAAAUAACAGCAUUAAUGCUGCAAUUUAGCACCAUGGAUUUUAUUUUUAACUAUUACUGUACCAAUAAUUGUUUACUGCAAUGGAUUUUUUAACAUUUCAUAUUUUUACUACCAUGGAUUUAUUUUGUUUAAAUUUUUUCCAUUUGGAUUUUUAUUUGGAUUUUUUUAUAUUUACCCAUGGAUAUAUCUUGAAAAAUUUCUUUCUCCUAAUGGAUUUUUGUUGGGGGUACAUUAAAUGGAUGGCCCAUUUAUGCUGCUAGGUGGGGACCAGAUAUUUUGCAAGGCAAUUAAUAAACUAGAAGUUACUAUCGCAAGGGAUGUGCUGCCUUACGACUGAAAGUCUUGGGGAUUGAUUAUACCAAAAAACUUUAUUCAUUUAAAUUGCAUUAUAUAUACACUGACUGUAUGUAUGAAUUUAUUUUGUUUAAUAGUGCAGUAAUUAUUAUAUACUGUAAACUGUACUUCGGAUUUUCAUAUUUAUACACAUGUUAUUGUUGGUACCAAUGUUUUAAACCGUCUUCACUUGACAAAACGUCUAGAAACUAAAAAGUGCUUUUAAUUAAUAAAUUAAUUUAUGCUGCUAGGUGGGGACCAGAUAUUUUGCAAGGCAAUUAAUAAAUAAGCAUUUAAAGCAUGCCAAAAUUUACCAAAAUGUAGAAAAAAUUACUAAAUUUCUGGGGCCGGUUGUUCAAAAACCGGUUACCUUAAUCCUAGGUUAAUGCAAAUUGCAAAGCAAUUUUCCCAACAUCCUGUUUAGAAACACAAAUAUAGUUUUCCAAAAUUCAUGUCUGGAUCAAUAGAAGUUUUAUUUUCCAAUGUUUUGAAAUAAACAGAUGUGUAAAUGUACCCAAACUAAAACAGCAGGUUAAAUUUUAACCCAUGGUUACUGCCAACCCAGCUUUGAACAACAGUUGCCUGCAGUCAACUCAGGGGCGUAGGAAGCGGGGGGGCCGGGGGGGUGCGGCCCCCCCAAAAAUUUAUAAGGGGGGGCCGAGAUAGCUUUCGGCCCUCCCAAAAAUCAUUGAAUUUACUCAAUUUACAAUAAAUGCAGUGAAAUUCGAAACUGAUAUGGCUAAAUAGGACUCUGAAAUGGCCAUUUCCAAGGAUCUAGAGCCUCUAAUUUUCAAAAAAUUUUCCGCUCGGCACCAACCAUGGUGGCGCCUCGAGGAAUUCGGCCCCCCCAAUCUCGAAUGUGUUCCUACAUCCCUGAGUCAACUAAAGUGGUAUGAAAAUCAGUAAAAUAUCUCAGUAAAACAAAAUCAGUGAAAUGCUUUCCAUCAUCACUGAAACUAUGUUUUUUUUUAUGUUUUUCUUUCAUGUUUUUCUUUCUCACUUGUACUUUUUGAUUGCAAUUAUGCAAAAUGCAACUAUGGCGUCAUGAUGAUUGGGCCCGGGUCCUGAGCCCAUAAUCAGUACAGGUCAGUGGUGAUCGAUCAGCACAAUUCCGUCGAUUCAGCUGGACAGCUAAUUGGGCCAGCAGCUUGCAAUUGGAUCCAUGUACAGCUAUUUUGCAGGCAUGGACCUGCAAGUGUUCUCAUUGAAUAACAGGUUGUGUCAUUAUGGCGUGUGGUCCACACUGUAGGUGGGUCGUUACCAGACGAGGAAUAAGGUUAUGCAGGUCUUCCCGAAAAUGCAAUGCGCCACAAUGCGGGUUCAUUAUUAUUCAAAAUCUUUAUUUCACAACGUGCCUUUUGAUUAAAAACUGUUGAAAUAUAUUGCAAUUUUUGCUGUGAAGAUCUUGUUUUCUCAAAGGUAUGUUUUGAUAAGUUUUUUAUUAAUUAGUAAUUCAAUAAAAGCAUUUUGGAAUAAUUUUGUAUAUAUAUAUAUUUGGCUUAUUGCAUUUUAGUUAAAUUCCCAUUGUAUUUAUGCAUGUUUUGGGUCAGUGACGCAGUGAACAUGACCUUGACCCAUUAUAAAGCUACAGACUGCAGAGCUUCCCCAUUGACAAGUAAAAUCGUCUGGCAUUAGACAAGUAAAAAAAUAAGUAGGGCGCACUGGGGCACAUUGCAGCUCAAUGGGUUAAAGUGGCAUUGAAAUAUUCAUGAGUAAAUUAUACUUUUUUACAAGGAAACUAAAAUAAAAUAACAUGGAUUCAGUGAAUUCAGGAAUGUUUACUCUUGAUACUGUAAAACCGAAGAUCUCGGCGAGCUGAAUUGUGGUUUGAAAAUGAGUUGUUUUUGCUACUGUAUUAUAGAAUAUAGGGUUGAAAUACAAAAUAUAAAUACUGAGGGUAUAAAUGGAUUUGCAACAAUUUAAGUUCCAAUUAUAAUUUUAUUUUCUAAUGAAAAAUAAAGCCAAGUAAAAAACGUUUCUUGACAGGAUACCCCCAAGAAAGUAGGGGCAUGAAGUAAUUUUGAAUGUUAUAUCAAAUGCCAGAUGAAAAAGGCUGGACUUUUAAUAUAAAAUGAAUUGCUGGUGGCUUGAUACAGUUUGUAUAAAAAAUUCAGGGGCCGGUUGUAUAAAAAAGUGAUUAAAGUUGAAACGUCAUCCAAUAAGAAGCGCCUAUUUGAGAGUUAAUCACUAUUUAACUACAAAAUAGUGAUUAAAAAAGUGAUUAAGAGUUUUAUACAACCGGCCCCAGGUAUAACAGUUUGACAUUUUUACAAUUUAUGCAUCAGAUAUCGUUAUGCUCAUAUAUUUUAAUAUGUCGCCUUUGACAGCUUUAUCUUUGAAAUUAGUAGUUUUGGUAACACAUGGUUCGUUGCUAUGGCAACACACGCGUACGAAACGGUAACCCUCAAUUUUUUUCGUACAUUACUUUAUUAGAAAAUAGACCGUAACAAUAAACAAAAUAUAAAGAAAUUUCUGUAACGCCAUUUUCAAAAACAUCGUUUUCUCUGAUAAUUUUUUUUUGGCAUGGCACUAUAUAGAAUUUUUUAUUUUUGAUAUAAUGAAAGAGUCUUGUUGACAGUUGUACAGGAAAAAAGUACAGAAUUUUAGUAGGGUGUAUCAGAAAAAAGUAGAAAAAAGUAGGGUGUAUCAUAAAAAAGUAGACAAUUUUGAAAUGGCUCUCAAUUUCACAAAUCCGUUCAUGUCAUGCAAUUUUUGAUAGAAUAAUAGCGCGAAAUUUAAAAGGUUAAGGUUACAGAACACCUUUGAGUGUUAAUUUUGUCUAAAAUUUCUUUAUUGGUUUCCAUGAAAGCAUUAGACUAGUUCUACUAUCUGACCAAGUUUCAACGAAAAAUGUUGAAAACUCGCAGAGUUAUUUAAUAAAAUACAUUUCGCUGCAAUAAGAAAAACAUUGAAAAUGUAAUAUUCAAAUUCAAUUUUCUCCCGAAGAAUUUUACGGUAAUUACUGAUUAGGACAUAGCUAAAGUAGUAAAGACGUCAGUUUCAAAAUUGUGUUCGGCUUUUUUUAAAUUUUGGACACUUUAAUAAUAAAGAGCAAUUCACUCAAACAAUUCAGAAAUAUAUUGCAGUCGUCAAAGAAAUCGCCAUAUCAGCGAAUGACGAAAUAAACAAAAAUUUCCGAACACUAUUUUUUAGAACAACUAUUUUGCUGUAUAAAAAUGAUAUUUUCAUAAAUAUAACUUAAAACCAGUAGGAGCAGAACUCAAAAGUGUAACGGUACCGCGAUAUUUUGCAUGCACUGCAUGGCAAAUAUUUGGUGAAAAGUUCAUUAAAAUCGGACUGAUAUUGAGCGCGCAGUAGCGAUUUUCCGCAAAACGCCAAAAAGGGUGUCCUGUAACCUUAAAACGCAUUUUGAGUUCAUGGGCGAGAAAUUUGUUACGUGUUUUAUAAAUGAUCCAAAUAUCAGAAAAUUUGCUCCGAAUUUUAAGUCCUUUAAAUAGCCUCUGAAACUUUCAUUUCUUGGCACCAAUGCCUCUCACGCAUGCUUAAUUCAUGCAUUCAGCUAAUUUGCAUAUUGUAAUUUUACUUUUUUACAAUAACAAUAUCAUCCUCGUCCCCAGGCCCAAGCUCGGGCGGCCCUCGUAACAAUAUGCAAAUUAGGAUUGACCUAAAUAGACCUAGACUGCAUUUAGAAACGCCAUACACUAUUUGUAUAACCGGAACGCUACCUCCAACCGGAAAUUUGAAGCCAACUUGAGGGCCAAGUCCCAGUCUUUUCACGCGUGCGAAGAGCGCUCAAUCAGUCAAGAUUUGGCUUCAAGAAAAAUAUAUAGGCAGUUUAUCUGAAGGUACCGUUCCAGUUAUAUUCACUGAUUUCAAUAGUUUACACUUGCAAAUUUUACGACCAAAAUGCAACGCGCUAGAAAAAUUUACUCAACAGACGCCUCUCAAUAUUCGAAUUUGAAAUCGGAUCGUAUUUGGCCAUUUUUUAUCGCAAUGUUACAAAAAGGUGUCGUUUGAUAACUAAAAUAUGCAUGUCAAAGUUGGAUUACCUUUUUUCAUUUACCCUGCAUGUACCUAAAGCUCGAAUAGGUACAGAAAAUGAAGCAAAAUGGCACCAUUUACAUGUUUGUUACUCAUUUUGUAGGUUUAAUUGGAAAAUGGCAUCUUGGAUUGCAUUGUAAAAGUCGUGAUAAUUGCCAUCAUCCACUUAACAUGGGUUUCCACGAAUUCUAUGGUCUUCCUUUCACAAACGCACGAGACUGUGGUCCUAUUGCCGAGGGAUCUAGUUUCUUGCUUCUGUUACAGAACACAUUGUACCCUGUUAUUAUAGGCUGCGUCGUUUUGGGUUUAGGAAUGCUCUUCACGGGUGUUAUAUCCACGAAAUACACCAUCGUACUCAUGUGUUUCAGUGUGCUAUCCCUUCUCGUUGUACCCUUUCCCCUGCAGAGCGUUAUUUCAAGAAUGUGUUGCCUUACAAUGCGUGGAUUUGAAGUUGUCGAACAACCAACAAACCUUGAAAACCUAACAGUACGAUUCACAAAUGAUGCCAAAAGAUUUAUACGCAAGAACAAAAAGCAACCAUUUCUCCUUUUUAUGUCAUAUGCAAAAGUUCACGCAGUUUUGUUCACGUCGCCGAAGUUUAAAGGUCACAGCGCGCAUGGUCGCUAUGGUGAUAAUGUAGAAGAAAUGGACUGGAGUGUCGGAGAAAUUGUUUCAGCACUGGAAGGGGAAAAUCUCCUGGAAAAUACCUUAGUGUAUUUUACAUCGGAUCAUGGCCCGUUUUUGGAAAUUGUUAAACCCAGCACUGGGGAGCGGCUUGGUGGUUCGAAUGGAGGGUAUAAAGGAGGUGAGUUAGUACGAAUAUGUCGAUAUUAUUUUAUAUUAUUUACAUUUUAUGUGGAAAUCAACAAACCCAUAUAUUUAAUGGCAUUUAUGUCGUUAGUCCUUGCAAUAUACGAAUAUUAUACACAGGGGCGUGUGAAUGUGCUGAGAGGAGAAAAUGUUGGAAAGUUUUUUUUUUUGGGGGGGGGGCUUAAGAAGAUAUUAUUAUUAUUAUUAUUAAUUCAAAAGCAUGACCUAUUUACAGGUAUUGCUAGAAUGGUAAUAAGUAUAGGAGCUAAGAUUAACGUAUAUGUAUCUAUUGCUAAUGUACUAAUAUAGUUAUUUGUAUAAGUUGAACUACUUUACAAAGGUAUAAUAAAAUAAGUAUAAAAGUAUUUUGCAGCAUGCAUUCUAGAAUUAUUUAAUUAAUUUGAAAUUUGCUGCCGAAAAUUUGUUUUGUUUUUUACUUAUUUCAGUGGAGUUCCAUGGAUUUGAGGCUAAUUUCCCUUUCAAUAGAGCAAAGAGAAAUAAAUUUGGAUAAUAAGUUUACAAGAACUGAUUCGUCGGAUGACAUUACGUGUUCCAGUAACUUUUGUUUACUUUCUGUUGUUGUAUUCAAAUUAAACAGGUUUUUUAGUAUGUUAUUUGAACUAUUUCUUAUGUUAUCAUAUUUUUCGCAAGUGAAAACAAGAUGAAAUUCAUUGCGAGAAAAUGUGCUGAAAUUUAGGAAAGUUUGUGGUCACCAAAAAUAUCCAACAGCAAAUAACACAAAAUUCACUUGAAAGUUUGAUCACCAAAAUGAGCUUCAAAACGAAGCCCACAAAUUCCAACACAAAUUUUCAGCGGCUUUUUCAAAUAGGCAACAUACCCUACUUCAUGCAUGGCAUGUAAUAUAUGCAAAAUAGUUGCAAAAUGGCGUCUGAUGGUUUUUAUACAGUUUUUACGAACAAAACAGCGGUUGCUAAGGGCGUUGUUAGGGCAAAAAUAUGCCAAAGCCUUAGGAAUUUUCUCAUUUUCUUGGAUUUCAAGCUAGUUUUUUACGGAAUGAAAACCCGCACAUAUGAUUAACAACAGUUUAUAGUAUAUAAAUCUGUGUAUUAUAAAAAUUCACAAAUUUCAAAAUAAAAGUCAAAUUUUUGGUAGUGGACCACCACCUAACACACAAAAAAGACUGGGGCCCAACAAAAGUUUUCAGGGGCCCCCAGCACCUCGGGGCCCGGGGCAAUUUGACCAAUCAAUUUGUAGGAUUUGUUCACUUGUGCAAAAAUACUAAGUAUACAUUUGCUGGGCUCUAACUUAAAUCUUUAUUGCUCCUUAAUGCGCCCUACUUUGUUAUUUUACUGUCUCUCUAACACCAAAUGAUUUUACUCAUCAAGGGAAACUAAGUGUUUGCAGUCAAUGAGUUAAUAAGAUUUAGUAUAAUUGCAUAAGUGAUUAUUGACAAUUCUCCACGCUGAUUGGUUGCAUCAUGGAUAAUAAAAUAAAUUUAUUUUAUUAUCCAUGGUUACAUGCCGUUGAGCACGCGAUAAUAACCCAAGUGAUUUUCGUAAUGGCGGCCGAAGCCGUUUUGUCAACUAAAUGACGAAGAAAUGUGUGAAAUUUAAAAUUUAUUUUUUCCAAAUAAUCACCUAUGAAAUUUUACUAAAACAAUUAUUUACCUCAGGCUCGGUGAUUAUCGUGAAUAAAAACCUUGACUUCGUCUCGGUUUUUAUUCACCGAUAAUCACCUCGCCUUCGGCGAAUAAUUGUUAAAUAACUGGCAUUGCGCUAUUAUACUCCCCUACUAUAAUUCCGUCCAACGCCAGACAAUUGUAUUUUUCGAAGGUAUGUUGGCAUGUUGGAACUCAAUGGGUUCAUAAUUUUAUUGUUUAUAAUGAUUAUACUGCCAUGUAUUAUUUCUCCAGGGAAGGGACAAAGCUGGGAGGGAGGAAUACGUGUACCAACAGUUGCAGUGUGGAAGGAUCGCAUUCCGGCUGGAAUCACAAUCAAUGAACCAACGAACAGUAUGGAUAUUUUUACAACAAUGAUUGAACUUGCUGGAGGGGCAAUACCAAGGGAUAGAACAAUUGACGGGAAAAACAUUUUCCCAUUGUUAAUUCAGGAACAAAGUAUAUCUCCUCACGACUUUAUGUUUCACUAUUGUGGAAGUGCCAUCCAUGCGAUCAGAUAUCGACCACGUUCAGGAAAUAUUACAUGGAAAGCGCACUUUAUAACUCCAGUAUGGGCGCCUGGUAAAGAAAUCUGUGAUAGAACAGUAAUCCUUUGCGAAUGUUUUGCUGGCCAUGUUACCCACCAUGAUCCUCCUUUACUCUAUGAUGUCACGCAUGAUCCUUAUGAAAGGAACAAACUUGAUUCAUCGCUCGAAGUACAUCAAAAUGUCCUCUUAAAAAUGAAACAAGCAAUGAAAAACCAUCAGCAAGAAAUAAGACCAGUUCCAAAGCAACUCGGAUAUCCAAAUGCCUGGCCAAAUCCACGUCUUCAACCGUGUUGUAAUUUUCCAUAUUGUUCCUGUAUUGAGGAGUGA